UUUUAUAUCCAUACUUGAGUCACUGUCAAUCUGACGUAAUGGACAAGUCGUCGUAUCUAUUUAUGAGCAAAAGAAAAAGACUUAAAUUUACGUUUAGAACAAUGGAUAAAAACUCAAGUACUGAUAGCAACAUAUCCUUAGAUAGCUUGGAAACUUUUAAACGUAAACCGUCCAUUAAAACCAGAGUUUCCGAAGAAAAGGUUGAUACCAUACUUGUUCCAUUUUACGAAAAAGACGUGCUCAUAAAGGUGCCGAAAGAUCAGAAAAGAAAACAAAACAAUACAGGUAACAAAUACCUUAGAUUGAAGGAGAAGCUUAAUAAAGAAAUGUCGCAAACUAACAGCUACCUCGUCAAUAAAGAUAGAGAUAAAAUUAAACGCCCCACAUACUUGGAGAUGUUCCGUAAGCAGUUCACUCCUAACCAAGGAGAUAGGAGGAAGGAUAAUAAUGAAAUUCGCUCUCUUUCACCAGAAUUCGGUGAUACUGAAAGAGAAAGUAUUGGCGAUGAUGCUAAUAAUCCAGUACCGGGGUUUUAUAAUACAGAACCUUAUAAUGAGUUGUAUUAUGAGAAACUUUUAAAUCGAGAUUUGCAAAGCUAUCUGGAUAACUCUUAUGACGAUCAAGAAGACGAUUUACAUUUUGCUGAAGAAAUGCAUAGUAAACCUGAUGACGUUUGUGAUGAUCAUCCUGAUAAUCUGAGGAGUGUGUCCGAGAUUUCCAACCCGCGACGACUAAGACGGGCUACAGUGGAACCUAUACAGAAUGUGAAGCUGGGAGGCCUGGGGCCCGAUAUAGAGAAGAUUAAACCGAGACUGGAAAGGGCUAGAAGUCUACAAAGGUAUUCAGAAAAAGUAAGAAUGGAAAAUCGUCUUCGGAUUUACAAAAAGACUUAUCAAACUGAAACCGAGAAGAAGGUUGAGAAAGAUGUGUCAGUGAAGAGAACUGCUACGGCUAAAGAGGGUUCUAGUAAAGAGCGGCACGAGGAAGUCAGUGCGUCGUACUUAGUAAAUAAAUCCAUAAAUGACAAGUCCUCUAAAAUUCUGAAAACACCAUACUUGAAAUCGAAAUCCGCCGAUGUUCAAAGAAUUCGAGAACGGAACGCUGAAAAGGAGAGGCAGAAGCAACAGCAGCCAGCCACGAAAAAAAACGAUGCAAGUGUUCAGAAAACGGAAACAAAAAAAAUAGAAGUUAAACCUGAUGUACACAAGUUGCGGAGCGAGGCCCGAACUAAGGUCAGGACUAAAUCUAGUUCUAAAAAUAAGGGUAUUAAUACUGAAGCGGAUGCAAGCAUUCCUCCAGUACAGAUCAGUUUAAUGGUGAACCUGGGAGGAGCCAGACCAUCGAGCGCUUUGAGGUCCUUAGAGGAGAAACACCGCAUGUAUCAAGAGCAAGUCAAAGCCUUUAUGGAUAAUAACAACGUGUAACUUAUUUUGCACAUUAAUAUUUAUUGUGUUUUGGUGUUAGAAAACCCGUAUUUUAUUUUAUCAUGUGUAAUGGAGCAAUGUAAAUUUUU